GCGGGUUCGAGGAGGUCGCGGUGGGAUCAGGAGAGAAUCAGGAUAGUGUGUGGAUUUCUGCGUGGAAUAGGAUGAGAGGACUGAGUCCCUCAAGUCCAGGGCUUCGUUUGUAAAAUCGCCUUUGGCUUUUUGUAUCUUUUCCUCUCGGACCGGUAGAAAUGAGAGCGUUGUCGGAGACCGAGGGCUAAGCACAUCUAAAGUGGUCCUGGCUCCCUGAUACAUCAAGAUACAAGAUAUGUCAAGUGACAUGAGGAGGUUUCCCUUCCUGGACAUCAUCACUUGCAGGGACAUCACUGCCUUGGCACUAAGAUUUCUAACCCGAAAUUGAGGAAAGUCCAAAAAGAGACUCAAGACACAUCCUAGUCUUUGGCCAGUUCUCAAUAUAUCAGAAGAAAAUGAUCAAGGACCAGGGAUCUCUGACGCUGGAGGAUGUGGCCGUGGACUUCACGUGGGAGGAGUGGCAGCUCCUGGCCCCUCCUCAGAAGGCCCUGUACCGGGACGUGAUGCUGGAGAACUAUAGCAACCUGGUGUCUGUGGGGUAUCAAGCCAGCAAGCCAGCUGCUCUCUCCAGAUUGGAACGAGGAGAACUGUGGCCCAUGGAAGACGAAGUCCACAGUCGAAUCUGUCCAGGUGGAUUCAUUACCACUAGCGCCCCCUGGGAAGCCUGACAUCAGCAGAAUGUCCUACAGUUUAACUCUGUUCCGACACUGUCUUCCUGGAGAAAGCAUCAGAUCCC